UUAAAGUCCACGUGUAAUGGUUCAAUUAACCAUUUGUCAGUUGCUAGCCACGCGCCUCCUUGUGUUCUCUCUACUUUUGCCACAAAUCCUCUGUCCCGUAGGACACUGCUGAAGCCUCAAAUUUCCUCGUUGUAAAAUCAUCAUCCUUUAACACAGGCCUGUGUUCUUCAAAGGUUGUUUCACAAUCCUUGUCUUCUCACUUAUGUCUUUUUUGGAUCUCUAACAACUUGAUCUUCAAGUGGGUUUUGGUGGGUCUUUCUUGUUUUUGUUGGCCUAGGUUGGUCUUGAUCUGGGGUCUUUCUUUUUUUUAUUGAUUUAUUGAGAUGGAUGAUUUUAGGAUUUUAGAUUUUCCCUUUUUGAUUGAUAAGAAAAUGGUGAGCUUGCCUUAAAAUUAUAUAUUUGCUUGAUCAUAAUUUUUCAGUAAAUUAGAUGGAACUUUGAGAUUUUUUUGUGGGUUUAAAUCAACUUGAGUAUAGAUGAAACAAAGUUUAAUUUGGGCUGCAAAUGAAGUGUGAUUUAAGCGGUAGUUGUUAUUUUCUGGGAAACACUCUUGGCAAAAGAGAAAAGGCAAAAAGAAAAAAAAAAUAAAAAAGGUCUUCAAUUCCUGUUAAAAGGUCAUUCUUUGAUUUGACUAGCAAUCAAAGUCAACUUCCGUGGUUGCGAAGUAAUACCCAAUUUCUGUAGUGCAAUUGUUUUUCCCUUUCCAAUUGGUUUCUGCUUUGUUGAUUUUCUUUUAUAAAACAUCGAUGAAGGGAUAAUGAACUUUUGAGAUUUUAAAUUGUUAUUAUGUUGGUGUUUUAAGGGAAUUCUGGUGCUAUUCAAAUUUAUUGAUUUAACAUGGGUUCUGAGACUCCUCCUUUAGUUGAGAAUACAAAUGCAGCAGUGGAGACAACUGUCGUCAGGUCCUGUGCUCCUAAGACCAAGGGAAAGGUUCCCAAAAGAAUUCACAAGGCUGAGAGGGAGAAGCUCAAGCGUGAGCAUUUGAAUGAGCUCUUCCUUGACCUGGCAAAUGCUCUUGAUCCAAAUCAGCAGAACAAUGGGAAGGCCUCUAUUCUAUGUGAAGCUACUCGGCUAUUAAAGGACUUGGUUGGUCAAAUUGAGUCCCUCAAAAAGGAGAAUGCUUCUUUGUUAUCGGAAUCUCACUAUAUGGACGCUGAGAAGAAUGAGCUGAAGGAGGAGAACAUGGCCCUGGAAACUCAAAUUCAGAAGCUGCAAAGUGAGAUAGGGACAAGGGUGGCUCAAUCCCAACCUGACCUGAAUGAGCCUCCUCCUGACUUUCAGCAAACAGAAUUGUCAUCACAUUUUCAUGGAGAUCAUCCUGGUUUGCCUGCUGUUGAACCUGCUUUGCAACAAGCAUCUGCUCUCAUUGUUGUUCCUAUUCGUGCCGACAUCCAGUCUUAUCCUGUGCCUGAUUCCCCACAACCAGCGGCUAUGGCUAACUCCAUUGUUAGCAAACCACAUGCUCGGUAUCCCACUCCGGCAGAUUCAUGGCCUUCUCAACUUCUUGGGAAGCAGUCAGCAAUCAGUAAUGAGUUUCAACUUAAUGAUAUUUGCAGAACAGGGGAUAGAAGUCCAACUAACUUGUAAAUGCUACUUCUGCAAAAUUCCUAACCUUUGCUUUUGGUCAUUCAACUCCAUAAAACAGAGGUAAUUAUUGAAGGCAUUGAAGUAACUGAACAACAGAGUUGUUUGAGAACAGUUUGACAAAUGUUGAUGUGAAUGUAAGAGGAAUUAAUUUGCCAGCAAAAUCCAGUUACCACCACCUUUGGUGUGGCAAAAGUCCAUUUAGUCAAAAAUCCAGUUACCCGUUGAGUUGUGGUCGCAACAACUCACACUUUUCGAAAGUUCAACGCGUGACCAUGUGGGGCAAAAGAUUAAAAAGACUCGCAUUUCUGGUCUGGCAGAGGCUCACUGAAUUUAAGGGCAAUUCGCUUUGUUUUUUUUUGUUUAAAGAACUUGCUAGACAAAGCAAGUGGCAAUUCUGUGAUUCUAAGUAGUAUCAUAAUUUUAUCUAUAUUCAAUAAAAAAUUUGAUGUUUUACUUGAA